UCAGCUUGUGUCAGAGUUUGAUGGUUGUGGUUGGUGUGCUUGACUUAAGCAAGAGUAACAAUUUGGACCGCAUCAAAGUGAAGUAUUGCUUCCAACAUCAACAAUCCACCACCAGACCUUAUCGGAAUGACAUCAUGCUUUUGAUGCUAUAUGAAAAGAUAAAUCCAAACAAACAUAAUAUUCAAUGGAUACGCUUACCAAAAGAAGGAGAUGAUGGUACAGCAAAUCGUGUCUGUAGUGUCAUGGGCUGGGGUAGACUGAAGCCUAAUGGUAAUCCGAGUGCUCGUCUAAUGGAGGCAAAUGCAUUUAUAGAAAAUCGGCAAAAGUGUGAAGGUAUAUGGAAAUUUGAGUACAUAGACUCACAGAUGAUCUGUGUGUCUGGCAAAGGUGGAUCCUGCGAAUAUGAUUCCGGAGGUCCUCUGGUUUGUGGAAACAUUGCAGUUGGUAUCACAUCUUUUGGUGACCGUGAUCUCUGUAAUGCAAAUAUGAAACCUAAUGUUUAUACCAAGAUUUCAGCUUUUCUUCCAUGGAUCAAAAAAACCAUAAAAAAUGUUAAGUGACUUCAUGGAAAAUAAAAAAAGGGAAGAAAUGUUUUCUUGAAUUCUCCCAUAAACCUUCUUUCAAUAAAAGUAUCACAUGGCAAGCAUCAAUCAGUUGUAUAGUGUCCUCAUUGUCACCACAUAUAAUUAUAUUACAACGGAACACAUAUCCAAAUUCAUUUC